AUGUCGUUAUCAAUAAAAAAAAGACAGCGGUUUCAACACGAAUAUCCAAUUGAAAAGUUAUCAUACGAGAUUCACUCUUGUUCUUCUUAUUCGACGUCAUAUCAUCCAAAAAACAUUAUGGAAAAUAAACCUUCUGAACAAACUUCCAGAUGGUCAUGUUAUAAUAAUGGUAGACAAACUCAAUAUGUCCUAUUAAAACUAGACAAAAUGGCCAUUUAUUGGGAAAAUAUUUUAAAGCAUGUGUGUAAUCUUAAGCAAUUUAAAGUGUAUGGAGGACUUGCACCAAAUAACAUGAUAGAGAUUCUUCAUAAUGGUUUACAAAAUAAUCCUCAUGCUGAAACAUUUCAACUUAAAUAUUGUACAAAUAAUGUAGUAACAUAUGCAACAAAUCAUAGUUUUAGUAUAUGGUAUGUUGAAUUAAAAGGUGUUCAAGAUCAAGAAAUUGUUCAAAAAGCAUACUAUGACUACUUAGCUCAUUUUAGACAAAAAAAUUAUUUGAACGCUUUUGAUGCUUUACAAUCACGUACACAUAUAUUAUUGGAAGAUCCAGUUCUGACUGAUCUAUAUACUCAAUUAGUAAUAAAUGGUGAUUUCCAAUUAUCAGAAGAGAUUAUAUGUGAAGCUGUUACAAAUGGCUUGUUUGAAGAUUAUCUUCAUGAUAAAGUUCCAUGUAUGAGAGGUGGACAUCAAAUGUGUAUAGAUGCAGAGGCUGGGGACAUUUAUUUGCUUGGAGGUUGGAAUGGAACCACAAAUUUAUCAGAUUUCUGGGUUUACAAUAUUAAUAAGAAUUCAUGGUCACUAAUAAGUGGACCAGAACCAAGAUCAAAUCAUAAAAUGUGUUUUGAUCCAAAAUACAAGAAAAUUUAUGUGUAUGGAAAAUUUAUUAGUCAUGAGAUGAGAUCAAUUUCCGAAGGUGGACCCCAAUUAACAUACGAUAACCAAAUGUGUAUAGAUUAUGAAAACCAAAUAUUAUAUAUAUUUGGUGGAAAAAUAAUAAAUAAAGACACAGAUAAAUUUAACUUUAGCGGCUUAUAUUCAUACAACAUACCAACAAAUGAAUGGAAAUUAAUUAGAUCUGAAUAUAAAUUACCAAAUGAUCAAGCUCAACUUAGGAUAAGAGUUGGUAUCUCGAUGUUAUUUGAUCCAGAUGAAAAUUUAUUAUAUAUAAUUGGAGGGGGAGAUUGUGACAACAUGUUUUUAAGUGCAGAUUCAGUAUAUGAAUUGUCAACUGAAUAUAUGACAAGAUGUGACCAAGAUUUGAUUUUUAUUCAUCGUAUAAAUAUUGAUUUAGAAACAAAAGAAAUUUAUGUCUUAGUUGGACUAAGAGAGAAGAGAGACAAGAGAUCAUAUGUAAUCAAGAACGCCUUUUGGGUUUAUGAUUUAUUAAAAGACAGAUGGACGAAAAUAUAUCAGAGUGAAAUCCAUGAUUCAUAUUAUUGGUUAAGUAAUGAAACUGUCGAGCCUAGGCCAAGACUUGCACAUCAAUUCAUCUACGAUAAUCUAAAUAAAGUUCAUUAUUUGUUUGGCGGUAGAUUUGUUGAAACUGAAGCUUCAAUGAAACAAAGAUUAGAUGAUUUUUGGGAAUUUCAUUUAAUAAGACCAAAACCAGAGAAUUUACUAAGAGGAAUUAAAUAUUUUAUACGAAAACAAAAGUACAAAGAGUUAUGUUUUGAGGGUAAUUCCAUAGCAGCAUUAAAAUAUCUUCAGGUUCAAUUAGGCCAAUUAGUGGAUCAAGAAAAUGAAUCAGAACGUGUUGAAUUCCAAGCUUUAACAUCUGGAUUAUUUAACAUAAAAAGAGAUGAAAUAUAUAAUUCAUUUAAUGAUCGAAUGGAAUUGUAUGAAAUAUUAUUGGAAUAUUUUCCUGAUAAUAUGAAACAACCAAAACAAAAUUUAAUUGAACUAAUUCAAGUCCAGUAA